CACCAUGGUUUGGUCAUCUCUCUUCUGGGCGAACCUGGGCCUCGGGCUCGCUGGCCAGAAGUCAAUCGGCCUAACACCAGAAUCUCUGCCUCGGGUUCCCCAAGGCCCUGAACGAUCCUCUCAACCCAAUAUCGUCUUCGUGCUCACCGACGACCAAGACCUGCAUCUGGACUCGUUGAAUUAUUUACCCUCCAUCAGGAAGCACCUGCUCGAGCAAGGAACCUUUUACAAGCGACAUUUUUGCACCAUCGCACUGUGUUGCCCGUCCCGAGUAUCUCUCUGGACCGGAAAGGCCGCUCACAACACGAAUGUAACCGAUGUGCAGCCCCCCUAUGGCGGAUACCCGAAGUUUGUCAGCCAAGGCUUGAACGACGAUUUUCUCCCUAUUUGGUUGCAGGAUGCUGGGUACAAUACGUACUACACUGGAAAGCUGUUCAAUACACACACUGUCACGAAUUAUCACUUACCCUACGUCAACGGCUUCACUGGAUCUGACUUUCUGUUGGAUCCGUUCACUUAUCAGUACCUGAACAGCAGUUAUCAGCGGAACAAGGAUCCGCCUGUACACUACGAAGGCAAGCACACUACCGAAAUCCUGACCGAGAAGGCGUACGGCUUCCUUACCGAUGCUGUCCAAGAAAAGAAACCGUUCUUUUUGGCCGUCGCUCCGGUUGCACCACAUAGCAACGUUAAGUUCCUUGUAGACGGACCAGAUCCUGAUUUACAAGCGGAGUUCAGUCCUCCGAUUCCGCUCCAGCGACAUGCUCAUCUAUUUCCGGAUGCCAAAGUCCCACGGACUGAGAAUUUCAAUCCUGAAGAACCAUCUGGUGUCAACUGGGUGAAGCGUCUCCCACGACAAAGCCAGGAGAACGUCGACUACAAUGACCAUUUUUAUCGUGAGCGACUUCGUGCUCUUCAAGGCGUAGAUGAGCUUGUGGAGGGCCUCGUUGACCGCCUUGGCCGGCACGGGCUCUUGGAGAAUACCUACAUCAUCUACACGAGCGAUAACGGAUACCACAUCGGACAACACCGCUUGCAGCCUGGGAAAGAGUGCGGAUUCGAAGAAAACAUCAACAUUCCGCUAAUAAUUCGCGGUCCGGGAGUGCCCAAGAAUGCCACUACCCAGGUCGUCACUACUCAUACGGAUCUCGCACCCACAAUUCUGAAGCUCAUUGGCGCACCGCUACGAGCAAGCUUCGACGGUGAGGCGAUUCCAACAUCUCACUCCGAGAUUGCAAAAGCCAAAAUGAAGCGACAUGAGCACGUUAAUGUGGAAUACUGGGGAUUUGCUCUCGGCGAGGGGAAAAACUGGGACGGGGAGCGCCUCCACCUUAACAACACGUACAAAGCGCUGCGCAUUGUUGGAAAGUCAUAUAACUUCUUCUACUCCGUCUGGUGCAACAAUGAGCAUGAACUCUACGAUCUCAACCAAGAUCCAGGGCAGCUAAAGAAUCUUCUUGCCAAAAAUACCCUCGUUGAUAGGCUGCUGGGACACCCUCUCCCCAAGGUUGCAGCACGACUUGAUUCCUUACUUUUCGUGUUAAAGUCCUGCAAAAGUCGGACUUGUAUUGAGCCUUGGCGAGCCCUUCAUCCAGCAGGCAACGUAAGAAAUUUGCACGACGCUCUUUCGCCCAGAUUUGACCAAUUCUACGAGGUACAGCAAAAGAAGGUCGAGUACACGCGUUGCGAGGCUGGGUAUAUUCUGGACGCUGAAGGACCGCAAUUCGAAAAGGAUGGCCUUGUCUAUCGGUACGGGAGUCACUGGGCGGAUUGGGUCUAGCUGACCCGCUGAACGUAGAUUAGACCUGUCAGCUGCAUGUGCGGGCUAUUGACCCUGGAUUCGGGACAGCCACCGCCCUAUGACGGCAAUGUUGUGGGUACUCGGCUUCGAAGCCAGAUAGAAAACGGCGUUUUGGUUUGCUCGCUAAUCCGAUGGCGUAAUUGCGUUGUUGUUUUGCAACAUCCGCCAGUCAUGGGACCCUUGGAGCGCGACGCAUCAGAAAAGUGUCACUUGCAUAUCGAGAACCAAGCCCAACAUGCCGG